UGAAUCGUACGUUGAAAAACGUCAAGGUAAUACCUAUGGCCCCCAAAUCAACGGUCUAUGACCAUUUUUAUAGAUGAUAUAAAUAUGCCUGUUAUAAACGAGUGGGGAGAUCAAAUCACAAAUGAAAUAGUCCGCCAAAUGAUCGAGCAACGGGGUUUUUACUCGUUGGAAAGACCUGGUGAUUUUUCAACCAUUAUGAACAUACAAAUGCUCUCCGCAAUGAUUCACCCUGGUGGGGGUAGAAAUGACAUACCAAAUCGCCUUAAACGUCAUUUAUGCAUUUUUAAUUGUACACUACCAAGCAACAGUUCUUUGGAUCAAAUAUUUAGGAGCAUUGGUUCAGAAUACUUCUGUGAGGAGAGAUUUGAUGAAGAAAUUGUGCAGAUUAUACCUUUAUUAGUUCCUUUGACACGCACAUUUUGGCAGAACGUAAAAAUGAAAAUGUUACCCACUCCAGCCAAUUUUCACUAUGUUUUUAAUUUGCGUGACCUCAGUCGUAUUUGGGAAGGUAUUUUAAAGGUGCAGCGAGAUGAAUGUAAAACAAUAGAACAGAUAUUAAAAUUAUGGUGUCAUGAGUGUAUCAGAGUUAUAUCGGACCGUUUCACUUCGGAAAAAGAUAAAACAUGGUUCUUGGAUCGCAUGCGCAUUGAUGCCGAAUUAUACUUAGGUGAAAAAUUUGUUCAUUAUCCUGAUGUACAAACUUUUUGGGUAGAUUUCCUAAGAGAUGCGCCUGAAAACCAAGAGGAUGACGAAGAAGAAGAUUUAUUAUUCGCGCCACCUAAAGUCUAUGAGGAAAUACCAAGUUUUGAAGUUGUAAAGGAAAAGGUUACAUUCUUUAUGGCCCAAUUUAAUGAAUUUAUAAGAGGAUAUCGAAUGGAUUUAGUUUUUUUUGUGGAUGCUUUAAAACACCUGAUGAUUGUAUCUCGAAUUAUUGGAAAUCCAAGAGGAAACGCAUUACUUGUUGGAGUUGGAGGUUCUGGAAAACAAAGUCUAACGCGCCUGGCAUCUUUUAUUGCCGGUUAUAAGUUUUUCCAAAUAACAUUGACUCGAUCUUACAAUAUUGGUAAUCUUACAGAGGACCUUAAAUUCCUAUAUCGUACCGCUGGACUCGAAGGAAGUGGAAUGACAUUUAUAUUUACAGAUAAUGAGAUUAAAGAAGAAUCUUUUCUGGAAUAUAUUAACAAUAUACUGAGCUCUGGGGAAAUCGCUAAUUUGUUCGCGAAAGACGAAAUAGACGAAAUGUAUACUGAACUUAUUCCCGUUAUGAAAAAACUGCAGCCCCGUCGUCCACCAACGCAAGACAAUUUGUAUGAUUUUUUUAUUUCACGUGCUCGUUUUAAUUUACAUGUAGCUUUAUGCUUCUCACCAGUUGGGGAAAAAUUCCGCAUGCGUUCUUUAAAGUUUCCAGGACUUAUAUCUGGAUGUAUCAUAGAUUGGUUUCAAAAGUGGCCAGAGGACGCCCGCAUUGCAGUGUCUCGACAUUAUCUGGGUGAAUUCGAAAUAGUUUGCAGCGACAAAGUUAAAGACCAAAUUAUUGAUAUCAUGAGCUGGAUACACGAGACGGUUCAGGAUUCGUGUAAUAUAUACUACGACCGUUUUAGACGGGUCACAUUUGUGACUCCAAAAUCGUUAAUUUCAUUUUUAGAAAGCUAUAAAAUACUGUACAAAGAAAAACAAAUGCAUAUUGUUGUAAUGUCAGAGCGUAUGAGCUCCGGAUUAGAUAAGCUUGAUGAAGCUGGUGCUUCAGUUGCCAUACUUAAAAAGGAUUUAAUCGAAAUGAACAAAGUUAUAGCUAUUGCUUCUGGAGAAGCUGAAGACGUUUUAGCAACUGUUGAGCAGUCUAAAGCUGCUGCCGAAAUCGUCAAAGUAGAAGUCGCCGAAAAAAAAGGUCAAGCCGAAGUUCUUGUGAAGAAUAUAUCUGCUGUAAAAGAGGUUGCUGAAGCUAAAUUAGAAAAAGCUCUCCCUGCUUUGGAGGAAGCAGAAGCUGCACUGAAAACAAUAAAAGCUGCAGAUAUAGCCACCGUUCGUAAACUUGGAAAACCCCCAUAUCUAAUAACACUUAUCAUGGAUUGCGUUUGCAUAUUAUUCCGAAGAAGAAUUAAACCUAUUCGUCCAGAUGUAGAGAAGACUUUUAUUCAGAGUUCAUGGGAUGAAUCUCUUAAAGUAAUGUCAGACACAAAUUUCUUAAGGAAAAUUGUAGAAUACCCAACCGACUUAAUCAAUGCUGAAAUGGUUGACCUGAUGCUUCCCUAUUUUCAAUAUCCGUAA